AUGCUGCGUUGUCCUGCCGUGGUGCGGGUGUGCACCUCGCAAGUGACGAAGACGUGGUCGGCGAAGUUGAGCGUGGCGACGAUUUCCGCAUCCGCACGCGGCUCGGCGAAGAUGUGCACGGCGUGGUUGGUAUGGCACACGAAGAGGCACAGUGAACCGCGCAGCGGUCUGCUGCGCCACGGGCUGUGGCUGAGAGCCUGCGUGAAGAGCGGCGAGGCGAUGAGUUGCCGCGCAGUGGGCCGCACGAACGGAUGCUUCGCCAGCAUCGACAUGACGAGGUCGCCCAGAGCCCUCGAAUAG